CCCAAUACAACGUUUAAUUUGUUCACUCUCGCUUUAUCCAGGCUCUGCUGUUUCCAUUUCCGACGUUGAUUUACCCGACCUGGGGCUUCUCCUUCUUACUCAUCGCCCUCUCUCCGGCAAUAGCUUGUUGUUUCCAGAUGGCUUCAACAAUGCUUUCUGUAGCCUCAGCAUCCCCAUCUGCGUCACUCUCGCCGCUUGAGAAUCUCAAGGGGAAAUUGAAGCUCGGAAGUGCUAGCCUGAGCUUCAACAAGGCGAAAGGCAAUCCCUUUAUUAACACGAAGUCUUUUUGUCGAAUAUCCAUGGUGGCUGCGGUUAAUGCUUCUCGUUUUGAGAGUGUCACAAUGGCUCCUCCUGAUCCAAUUCUUGGAGUAUCUGAAGCUUUUAGGGCUGAUACACACGAAAGCAAGCUCAACCUCGGAGUUGGGGCCUAUAGAACGGAAGAGCUACAACCUUAUGUUCUGGAUGUUGUCAAGAAGGCAGAGAAUCUUAUGGUGGAAAGGGGAGAAAACAAAGAGUAUCUCCCAAUCGAAGGUUUGGCUGCAUUCAACAAGGUGACUGCUGAGUUAUUAUUUGGAGCAGACAACCCUGUAAUAAAGCAGCAAAGAGUUGCUACUGUUCAAGGUCUUUCUGGAACUGGUUCUCUUCGACUAGCUGCUGCUCUGAUUGAACGAUAUUUUCCUGGGGCUAAAGUUCUAAUAUCAUCUCCAACUUGGGGUAAUCACAAGAAUAUUUUCAAUGAUUCUAGAGUUCCAUGGUCUGAAUACCGAUACUAUGAUCCAAAAACAGUUGGUCUGGACUUUGAGGGGAUGAUUGCUGACAUAAAGGCUGCCCCCGAAGGGUCUUUUGUGUUACUUCAUGGCUGUGCUCACAACCCAACUGGCAUCGAUCCAACCCCUGAACAGUGGGAAAAAAUUGCUAAUGUCAUUCAAGUAAAGAGCCAUAUACCAUUUUUUGAUGUUGCAUACCAGGGUUUUGCUAGUGGAAGCCUUGAUGCAGAUGCAGCAUCAGUGAGAUUAUUUGCUGCGCGGGGUAUGGAGCUUCUGGUUGCCCAGUCAUAUAGUAAAAAUCUGGGUCUGUAUGCAGAGAGGAUUGGAGCAAUCAAUGUUGUCUGCUCAUCGGCAGAUGCGGCAGCAAGGGUGAAAAGCCAACUGAAAAGGCUUGCUCGACCAAUGUACUCCAAUCCUCCAAUUCAUGGGGCAAGGAUUGUUGCCAAUGUUGUUGGCGACCCAGCUCUCUUCAAUGAAUGGAAAGCAGAAAUGGAAAUGAUGGCUGGGAGGAUAAAGAACGUGAGACAGAAACUUUAUGAUAGCCUCUCUGCAAAAGACAAGAGUGGGAAGGAUUGGUCAUUUAUACUUAAGCAGAUUGGCAUGUUCUCAUUCACUGGCCUGAACAUAGAUCAGUGUGCCAAUAUGACGAGCAAGUGGCAUGUAUACAUGACAAAAGAUGGAAGGAUAUCCUUGGCUGGAUUAUCUUUGGCCAAAUGUGAUUACCUUGCUGAUGCCAUCGUUGAUUCAUUCCACAAUGUCAGUUGAAGUGAAUGGAUACAGACCUCCAUAUUAGAAGCAUAGCUUUAGAGUUUUUGGAGAAUACAAUAUGCAACCUAGUUACUGAGUAUGAUUGAAGAUAUCGUGUAAUAAUGUGUGCUCUUUUGGCCUGUCGGAAAUCUUUUGUAUUUGAAGUUCAAAUUGAGGCGAUUUGGUAGAUUUGUUAUCGCAAGAGGAAUUUCAGUCGAAAUAUGUGAAUUCACACAUAUAAUCUAUAAAGAUUUUGCUUA